GACAUGGCUGGGGUCUCUGGUGAUACAUUGAGAAGAUUUAUUCAAUCUGUACGUUUUCAAUCUUUGCUUUGUAUUGCGCUCUUUUAUCAGAAUGAUACAAAUUUCUCACUGGACUCUGUCAGUGAAACGCUUAAAAAGCUUCUGUUGUCACACUGUGCUCAAGUUUUACAAGAGGAUUCCAAAAAUGAUCUGCUCGACUCCCUCCGUUGUGUACGCAUUCUCACACGAGACGAUCAAUGUCUAGACCAACUCUCUACCGACGAUUUCUUGAAACCCUUGUUUACGUGCGCUUUCGUCUCCUAUGGUUCUGCAGAGGAUGUGCACACUAUUGAGUCAUUGAAAGCACUGUCCAAUCUUGUCUUCAAACGCCCCGUCGUGUUGAAAACACUAAGAUCAUUCGGUAUUGUAGAACGCUUGUUAGAGAGACUGAAGGCGCAUAUAUCCAGUAGAUCACGAGGCGAUGUUUUGUUACUUGAUCUCAAGUUGUUCUUUCUGCUUUCCGGCCUGGAGUCAUCGAUCAGACGAGAGUUAGCAGAGAAUAGCGAUGCUUUCUGCCUUUUUGGUAAUCUUUUAUCAUCGUUUCAGAACGAGCCUUUCUCCCCCCAAAACUGCUCAUUAAUGUCAGAGUUGUUAAAAGUUGUCUAUAACGUUGCUUAUGCGAUUCAACGGGAUAUCCCGGAAGCCAAACUUCAGGCCCCACAGUACGACCGGUACUGUGUUCUAAUCCGUGAACUAUUGACUGGGCUAACCAUAUCCAACGACGAUCAGCGUCAGUUGAUAGGACAACUUGUGAAUUUUCUCAACAUUGUGCCAAGGCGAUCGUUCGUGCAUCUUCUUUCUCUCCUCGAUCAACCACCAUCUUCCGAGCGGACUUCAAAUGACAUCAAUGAACAAAUGCCAGCGAUUCAGGCAUUGAUCGACUAUCUCUCUUUCCAGCUGAACUCGCUCGAUGAAUCGGGCGCAGCUACCAGCCCGAUGCAACAGACAUCGACGACACGACUGGACGAGGCUCUAUGUCCAGUUUUGAACGCGCUAAUCAGAGGGUCCCAAGCCAAUCGCUCCAUCCGUAAAUAUUGCCGUUCCAAGAUCCUUCCGCAUCUUGGAAACGAUGCCCGGCGCUUGCCAGAGGAAGGGAGCACACUUCGCAAUCGCCUUUGCAAACUUCUUACCAAUCCACAACAUGGUGUCAGCGAGCUGGUAGCUCUUCUGCUUUUUGUGUUGUGCAAAGAGGAUAUUAGUCGCGCUAUCAAGUACACCGGUUUCGGUAACUUCGCUGGCUUUUUGGCUCGCCAUGCACUACUGGCCGGUGCCAGCAAAAAAAGAACACGAAAGCGUGAGAUCGUUGGCGAUACCACCACGAAUUCGACCUCAAAUGAGGAGUUUGACAGUUCGUCAGCUGAGGAGUACUCUUCUAAUUCGAGCGCCUCUGAUACAGAAGAGUACGAACGAUUGAAAAACAACAUCAAUCCUGUGACUGGUCGUUGGGAGGCUGAUCGCCCUCAUCCGCUGGAAGGGAUGUCUGAGGAGCAGAAAGAAUACGUCACGAUGGAGUUGGUGAAUAAAAUUGACCAAUUACAGAGUGACUAUCUUCUCUGAAGUUCCUUUUCCAGCCGGAGUGGUCUCAUCAAGCCGGGGACGGUGGGAGAGGAUGGGAGAGUACGACCAGUAGAACAUGUCCUUGAACUGCUGGAACAGACCCAUGGGCAGAAAACCCAGGAUGAUUCCGAAUGAAGCGAACCUCGUCACGUUCCUGCGAUCCCCCUAUCCAAGUGAUUUCUGUCCGCAUUUCUCACCUCCUACCUGUCGUUGACUUUAUUAUCUCUUGGAUUUUCACUUCGAUUGUGUUUUAUCCACACGCGCUCCUAGCUCUUAUUUAUUUUCUUGUUGUUUUGUGUCGCCUUUUGUUAGCUAUUACAAAGCGCACACUAGGCUAGAUAUAUCAAGCAGGACGCAUUAUCGAUUCAAUUACUGUCCUUUUGUCAGGUAUAUGAGUCGACAGGGAGAUUGCUAAGUACAACUGCCUUGUUGCAGCGUAGGCCUAUUAGAAGCUAAAUCUACAAAAAUGAAAUUACG